AUGGAUUCGCCCGCCGGUGCAGGUGUCUGUUUGGUGGAAAUGAACUCAUCCUCGUCCACGACCACUCUGACCGUCAAAGAGGACAUUCCGCUUUUGACCAAGCCUCGGGAAACCAAUAACGUCUUCAACAGGUUUGACAAAACCGUUUUGUUUGUAUUAUAUAAUAAUAACAAUAAUUAUAUACCUACCUAGGUAGUCUAUGUGAUUGUUUCCUACAUAGGUGAAAUUCCUGUAUAUCUUCUCUACCUCCUAAUGUCCAUCCGUCGUUAUAAGUGUCUUGCAUCUUAUUACUUGACGUGUAUUCUUUCUUGAUCAUUACUGUCAAGUUCAUUUUACCCAAAUCGGAUAUUUCACUAUUGAAAAUUGUCUUCAUUAAUAAUUAUCCAGCGGUGUUCUACUCAACCUAUGCAAUUAAUGUAAUUAUUUUUCUACUGCAUUGCCAUAUUUUCAUAUACUACCCUUUUCAUUGAUAAUGUUACUAACAAUUACCUACGUAAUCAUUUUACAUUCCAUAAACUUUUUACUUAAAAUUUGUCAUAAUUUUUUUUUCUUUUAUUUAAUCUAACCUUAAUGCCUGUCGAUACAAUCUAUUCAGUUACAAUAAUAUUAGAGUAAGAACUAAACCAAAUUUAAAUUUCAAGUUUCUGCUUCAUAUUUUUAUGCUAGAUAAAAAAAUGUCUAUUAUUUUUAUUAUUUAAAGACGAAAAUAAUAAUAUAUAAAAAAGCAAUAUUAUGCUACCCAGUAAUAAUUUUGAAAAAAUAUGCAUUAUAUUUAUGUAAUUAACAAUAAUAAUAUUGCUGUUAGUAGUAUUAUUUUAUUUUAAACUUUGACUGACAGUUGUGCCAUUUUUUUUUUUUUAUCAUAAUGCAAGACUAAGAAAUAUUUGUUUAUUCUUAUUUACCUAGGCACAAAAUAUUAAAAAUGCAAUAUCUAUUUAUUGAUUUUUCCCAACAAGUAGGUACUAAUAUUUGGAUUUUAUGACUCUAUAAAAUAAGCGUUUGAUGUUAAUUUUAAAAUCUUGUUAAGCGUUAAGUAACCUUGCUUUUUAUAUAUUUGUUUUGUGUUCAUAAUUGGUUAGUUUAUUGGUUGAUAUAUGUAUAAUUAUUUAUACAUAUUUAAAUGUGGAUAAUGGGCAUGAAUAAUUUUUUUUGUAUGUAUUAUUUGCAUUUUUUUAACGCUACAGGGUUUUCCGGGAUAUAAGGGAUGCAACAACAGUCAUUAUUUCAGUUCUUCUGAAACCUAUUUGUUGAUAUCUAUUAAUACAUAUGAGCUGUAUGUCUUAUUCAUGCUUUGUUUAGAUUAAAAAAAUAUAAAUAAUUUUUCUGAUAGUUACUUACUUAAUAGAAUUCAAAACUAUGUAUUAUUAAUCAUUAAAAAUCUUCAUAUUGGGAAAAUACCAAUGUAUUGAAAUUCAUAUUCAGUAGUCUAUACUAAUCAAUCUUCAACAUUAUAAUAUAAAACCUAUUUUAUAGUACAUUGGGUACUUUCUUGUUAUCGGGUCUACAUUUUGGAUACAAAUUCCAACAUUCAACUGCGAAUGGAGGUUGGCGAAGGCUCGUUCUUACAUAGCGAGGUAUAAGUACACUUCACUUGGGGAACUAACUUCCUUACACCAGUAUCAGUACCUGUCAGGUUUGGAUUCAUAGGUCCUUAGUCUAUAUGAUGUCGAGCGAAGAGUGUCCCAGGAUGCAUUAAGCAUAAUCACACAUUUUGGCUAUUUUUCAAGAUUUAUGUACAUAAACUUUAAAAGUAAGUAUCAUAGGCACUAUAUUGUCUUUAAUUAAUUUUAAUUUUUGAUUAAAUUGGAAAUUCAUGAUUUAUAAAUGAACUAUCAAAGAAAUGCAGUCCCGAUAACAGGAAAUUAUUUGAAAAUUUACAUUGAUCAUACAUUUACAUCUGGUGUUGCUUAUGAAUUAAUCUAUCACCAAUUUACAUUAUUUUAAAAUAUAGUCAAUUAUUUAAUAUUUAUUUAUAAGUUUCCUUUUAACAAAACUAUGGUAUUUAUUUUAUGUUGUGUUAUUUAUGAAAAUGCCUCCCAAAUUUUGAAUUUAUUCCAUUACCCACAUUUUAGUUAGCUUAGUUUAUACUAUUUUGAUACAAUUCUCAAGUUACUUGGUGAAUGUGUAAUUAUUUACAUAUUUGAAAAUAUAUACUUACCUACCUAUUUAGCGAAAGAGAAGAUAAUUUUUGUCAUCCAUAUUAUUUGACAACCAUUACGAUAUAUUAUUAGUAACACUCUGUGCUUUUUAUCAUAUUUAAUAUAUUAUUUAUAUAUAUGGUUGAAAGAUAAAAUUAUUUUACAUAUUAUAUAUUAAUACCUUCUUGGAAUUAAAUUAAUUUUGUUAUUAUUGUUAUAGAUAUAGUAAAAACAAUUGAUAUUAUUUACUUUUGAUUUCAAAAUAAUUUGUUUAUAUUAUUUUACAUAUUUUGAAUGAAUGAACAUUGACAUAUGUUUAGAUAAAAUUUAUUGCAUUACAUUUUUCUAAAUAAAUAGAAAUACAUAUCAAAUUAAAUUGCCUUUAAAAAUAUUAAUAUAGGUAUUGAAUUGAAAAAGUCAAUACAAUUUUUUUAAGAAUUUAAUAACUAUAAUACACCAAUAAGUAUAAUAAUUUUAAGUCUGUUACACCAGAAUUUUUCUAGGAUAAAUAAGAAUAAACAGUUUUCUAGUUGGAAUAUUUUAAAUAUUUUUUUAUUUCAUUUGAAUAAAAGACUAUAUCAAAUUUUAGUAUUUUAAUUUUUUAUAAUAAUAAUAACAAUAAUUUAUUUAAAAAAAAAAAAAAACGGUAGAAGCCUGAUAGUACAAAUGAAAAAACUUAAGAGAUAAUAUACAUUUUGUAUUGCCCAUUAGAUAUUACAUAUUAUUAAUAUUUAGGUAAGAGUUUAAAAUUAUCGCUAAAGGUGAAAAGAAAAAAUUGUAUUUUUAGAAGUUAUUACAUAAAGCCAGCCCAUAGUCAUAGCCCUCAAAUAAGAAGAGUAUAUCAAAUAAUUUAUGCUCUGUGUUGGUAUAUAAAACAUAGAGGUUUAGAGAUUAUUGUUAGCUAGAAUGUUAAAAAGCACACAGAUUAAUGAAUCUGGAGUAUCAAUUUGACCAUUGCAUAAUUUAUAAACUUUGGGAAUAUCUGCCAGAUCAUGUCUAGAAGCAAGAGUUUAUGAUUCAGAUAAUACAAUGUUUCUAUUAUUUUUUUUAUACAAAUAUGACAUAUUUCUUUAAUAAUAUUACAAAUAUUACUGUAGGUAAUAUUAGUAUUUACAACAUAAUAGGUAUAUAUCUACUUUAUUCCAUAUUUUACUGCCUAUAUACCAAAUAGUUUGUUUUUUUCUUCUAGUUAAACCCUCUAUUUAGUAAUUAUAGUGGUUAGAAAUGCAUAUAUAACAAUCAAAUAGAACUUAAUUUUGGUAUUUUACUAUUAUACGAGACAUACAGAAUUAUUCAGUUAUAGGUCUAUUGAAUUAUUAUAUUUGUGUUUAAAAUAAACAACUGGCGGUGUCCAAAUAAAGAAUAUAUAUUCCAUCAUAAUAUUAUUAAUAAAUAUUUUUACUCUUAAGUUAGACUCUGCAUAACACUGAAGAAAAAACUAUUAGGUUACUUCAAAAGCUUAGAAUUAUUUUUGCAUUUUUAAAAAAAAAAAACAAGGUCAUCAAUUCAUGAUGUAAAAUGAAAUUUUUGGAAAUUCAAAGUUAAAAUUUAAUAGAAAUAGAUUAUUGUUUGGAGUAAAACUGCUUUAAUUUUAUUUUGGCUGUAUAAAAAUAUCAAAUUGGGACACUGCCUGAAAAUUUGAACUCCCUUGUCUCGGAUAACAGGAAAAUAUCCUUCAUUUUUUAGAAAGCCUUCUUAUUUAAAAUUUUGUUUUAUUUUUCCAUAAGUUCAAUUUUUCUAGAAAAAAAUUCCUCAGUUACACAUAAUUAGAAAGUUAAUAAUUUAAAAUUGCUCAAAUUUAGAGAGGACGAAGUACCUAAACUAAUUUUUCAGGAAUGAAAGCAUACCUUUACUAUUUAUUUGAAGUAGAACACAUGGGAUGCAGUGGAGGAUAAAAGGUAUCAUGUCUAAAAUGAGCUGUAUAUAAGAAACUAUACCUAUAAAACUAUUUAGUGGAAUUUCUGACCUCUACGAUUUUUUUUCAUUGAAUACACAAAAUAGAAUAAAACACAUGCAGUAAAUGUAACAGUUUUCCUGCUGUUUUUUUUAGGGAUUUUUCUUUUAAUUAAUAAUACUUUAAAAAAAAAAAAUCAAAAAAUCAUCUUUAUUGCAUCAACGAGACAACAAUUUUUACUAAUAAUCAAACCAUCACCUCUAAAGUUGAUAAUUGGAGCAAGAUUUCUGGUAGAAAAGUUGUUUACAUACAGAAAUAGAAUAAACACAUCAUCAUAAUAGAAUCAUAGUAGUAACCAUGAUAUUAGAAUCUAAAAUAAAUAUUUACUAUAAUAGGUACCAUAUAAGCAAAAGUUAGCCUGCAGUAGGUAGUGUGUGUUUUUGAAAAUUGAUGUGGAAGGUGUGGAGGGCUAAGCCCCUUAAGGAUUAGGUUGAGUUUAAUAAUUGCAAGGGACGCUAAUUUUUUUAUUAUGUGGUAUAGUCCCUCUUCUUUUAUUUUAUUAAUUCGAACACUGUUUAAAAUUAUGAAUUAAGGUUCUUAGAUAUAGACACCUAUUUGAUUUUCAUGGAAUAAAUUACCAUUACUUAUAAUUUAUAUUUAUAUUAUAAGGUAUCAUAUUGUAGAAAAAAAACAAAAUACAUUAUUAAGAUUCUUUUUCUCCUUUGCCUUCAUCCCAACUAUUUGGUCGGGGGGGCCAUUCUCGUUCUAAAUUUCCAUUUGACCUGUUCUCCUACCUCGCAUAUAUACUGGCUAUUCUCAUAUCAUUCAAUCACUUCUGUGUCAAUUUUCCUCUAUCUCUUUCCUUUUAUGUUUAUUUUCUUACUGCUUCAGAUUCCUCUUUCCCCAUGAUGUGUCAAACCAUCUCAGUCUAUUUCAUCUUUGUCUACUAUUGAAUCAACACCUAAACUACCUCUUAUGUAUUCAUCCCUUCUUCUAUCUUCUCUUAUUGUUCCACCUAAGUAUUCUCAUUUUGGCUACUCUCAUUCUCUGUUCUAUUUUUAUGUUUACCUUUUAAAAUUCUACUAUUCAACUUAGUUUCUCCACCCUUUUGUAAAAAUUAACUUUAAGUCUCGUUGGAGUUCUCUAGUCAUAUAAAACAUCUGGUAUUUCUCACACUUAAUUUUAUGUUUCACAUCCUCAUGAAAGCCACCGUUCUUUAGUACUAAAGAUCCUAUUGUUUACUUAUUCCAGAUUUUCUACUAUCAAACUUAUAUCAUUUGUAAACAUCAUGUAUGUACCAUGGUAUCUCCUUUCACCUAUUGUCCUCGUCUACUUUCGAGAUAAGACAAUCCAUCAAAGUUUUUUUUAAAACACCUCAUACUGUUGUUUGACAGAAUUUUUCACCAGCUGUCGACCUGAAGCAACCCCAUUUGUUGAUCCUUAAACAUGAGUGUAUUUCUGGUUCUCUUCCACAGGGAGACUAGUAUUGUAAAAUAUAAAGUGAAAUCCUUCCUCCAUCUUAAAGAAAAAUACCUAUUGAAAACACCCACCUGGACUUUCCACCAGUAGUAGCUCAGUGCCUUGGGUUUGCUAAAUCCAUACCAUCAUAACUCCUCCUAAGGUUUAAAAUUGUUACUUAAUACCAUAAAAAAAUAUUUCAUACUUUGGAAUCUAAAUACUUACCUAUAUCUGGCAAAAGUUGUAAUAUUUUAUCAAAUAAUAAUCAUGUGUUAUUCUAAGUGUUGUAUAAAAUUAAAUAAAAAUAUGUUAAUUUGGUAAUUUUAAAUUUAGUUGUUAAAACAUUACAUUUUUUUCCUCGAGUGACCCCGCGAAAGUUGUUGCAUGUUUCCUUUUACCUAUUUAAAUUUUAAAAUUUAGUCAACUUUAUAUUUGUUAUAAAAUUUACCUAUAUUACAAAGUUAUACCGCAUGAAUUUUAUAAUAUUGUGUGUUGUCUCAUUUCAUAUGAGACCUCACUGAAGUACUCAGUAAUACAAUUUGUAAAAUUUACACAUUAAAAAUACUAUUGAACACUACAAUUGUUUUAUUUAAAUAAUUUCUACUCAAAUAAUAAUUAUUUAGUUAGCUACUUAUCUAAUUAUGUUUAGUCUUAUUUUCUAAUUUUAAAUUAUUAAAAAUUAUUAAAUUAACCCGGAUCCAAUGAAUCGUUUUAUUUCCUUAUUUAUUUGAAAAGUAUGACCAAAAAGACCUAAUAGUAUUUUGACAAGUUUGUCGUAUUUCAUGGAGUUGGUGUCCUAUUAUUUCAGAUUGUGACACAUUCUCCUGCCUGUUUAUAUUUUUACAGUCAUGACAGAAGAGAAAAAAAGUAAAUUAAGGUAGGAUCCCAAUUUGGUAUUUUUAACUAAUAUAAUAUUAUAAUAGCCUAACUAUAAAUUUUAAGUUAGGUGUGUCAAGACCUAGCUGGGCUAACAUAUUACAAAAAGGGUGAGCAAAACUUAAUAAAAAUAACCAUUAUUUUUAUUUUUUUGUCGUCUAAAUAGACAAAUUAUUUAUAUAAAAUCUCUAAGUGUCUCUUUAUAGUAGAAUUUGUUAUUGAUUUUUUUUUUUUUGAAAACUCCAUUAAAUUUUUACUACUUACAAAUUUAUUUUUAUAAUACCUAGUUUAUAAUAUGAUGUGUCAAUUGAAUUAUAUAUUGAUGUAUUCAAAAUAUCUAUUAUUGUUUUAAUAAUUUUAUUUUAUUAGUGUUAACUUAUACACACAUACUCAUAUUAUAUAAACUAUUAAUAUUGUUCAAAUUUAGACAUUUUAAUCAAAUUACUCAAAUCUAUUAUUAUUAGUUAGGUUAUUUUACAUAAAAAUGUUAAAUAUUAUUCUUUAUAUGCUUAAUAUAUGGCUCACCCUUUUUAAACAAAUUGUUGUUUUUGUAGGCUGCUGUUCAAGGUUAGGUGAACCUAACCUAGGCCUGUAUUAAACACGACUAACACAAAACUAAAGGCAAAUUACUACUAUGAAAUUCAUUAAUACUGAGUGUUUUAAAUUUUACAUUUGAAAUCAAAGUGAUAGCGUGUUUUAUCUAUGACCCAAUCAAGCUUAAUAGUUUCAAUGUAGUGAUUUGUUGUAAAUAUUUAUUUUUUUAGAUUUUGCUUGUUUUAGGUACUAAAAAUCCACUCACAUAGGUGUAUUAUUGCUUAGCUUAUUUUUGUAAAUUAAUUUUGCCUGCAUUUAUUUUUAUAAACUACACACUUUUUAUUAGGUAUUGCUUUAUUGCAUGUCUUACAUUAUUAUAAAAAAAAUUAUAUUUAUAAAUAAUAAUACAAUUUUUAGAAUGGGUUAUGCUAAAAUGGGGUCAUACUUGAACGAAUAUUUUAGUUGCAUAAUUAUGAACUAUAAAUAUAGGUAGAUUUUUUUUGUUUUUUAUUUUAUGAAUGAGAGAUGAUUUUAUCUACAUUUUUCCCCUAUUAACUUAUUCAGUAUUAAAAAAUAUACCUUAAUCUAUAAGUGAUUGUCUAACUUUUCUGAUUUCAUGUAUAUUUAAUUAUUUUUUAAAUUUUUAUUAUUUUAACUUUCAAAGUAAGGGAUCAUGAUAAAUAAUUUAUGUUGAAAAAAAAAAUUAUCUAAAUAAAAGCCUACUAUCCUGUUAUUGGUGUUAUUUAUGGUGUACAUAAUUUUUGCUAUUAAAACUUCCUACCUUAGUAUAUGUGGUUAUUAGAUGUUGAUAACCUAAAAAAGGUACUAAAACAUUACAAAAAUUUAUAUGUAAAUUAUAUAGUGAUGGUAAAAUCAAAACAAAAAACAAAACACAUUACAUUUAUAUCUAAAAAUACGAAAAACUGAAAAAUAAAAUAUUUACAUUUUAAACCUAUGAUGCAUGAAACUAAUUAUUAGCUAAUCUGUAAUUGUUUAGGAUAAAAAUAAAAAAAAAAAAUUUAAAAGUCAUGAACAUCUUAUUUCAAGUUAUUAUAUUUGUUAGUUUGUACCUAAUUAUAUUUCUAUACAGUGUAUCCCUUGCGGGUAUACUGUAUACCUAGUUUCUUUUUAAAUUAAACAAUUGUAAAUAAUUUUAGAUUUUAAAACGUGUUACUCUUAUCUUCAGAACUUUGGCUCUAUGAACAGUAUAAACCCAAAAAUACUAGUAUACUCAGUAUACCCAGGUGGGCCCAAUACACAGGAUAGUACUUUAAAAAGAUUAAAGAAAAUUAUAACACUAAAGAAAUUGUGAAUAAGUAUGUUACCGUCUCUGAUAAUAAUAUUAGUCAUAACUAGAGUCCGGACUUAUAUUCUGUUAAAAAUUUUGAAAUAUGAUGUUUAUAUUAUAUAGUAUGAAUUGAUGAAAUAUUCAAAUAAAAAAAAAGUCAUGGUAAAUUAAAACAUUUAGACCCAGUCACUACAUCAGUAUAUUGGUUGAUAACACGAUAAUCGUAUUUGUUAUUUUCUUCUUGAAUAUUGGUUGGUAUUGGGUAUAUUAGGUAUAUUAGACUAUUAGAUAUAAAUAUAUUAUAAUAUGUCUAUAGUUAGAUUUAAUGCUAAUAUUCUAAUAAUGAUAAAAACUAUUUAUCUAUUUUCUAAUAUAAUCCAAUAUAGUGAAAAUAUACUAAAAGAUUUUUAAAUAUGUACCAUAAGUUAAAAUAUUCUUAAAUCCUAAGUCAUAUGCAUUAAAAUACAAAAUAAGUUUCAUAGAUUUUACAGGUUUUGAAACAAUAACAUUUCUUCAUCAAACAGCAUACAUUUGUUAAAAAUAUGUUUUACUUAUAAAUAUGGACUCUAGUCAUAACUCAUUAAUUAGUUAUCAUGGAACAUAAAAAGUUUUUAUUCAAAUUUAAAAUAAUUUUUUUUUUUAAUUGUAUUUAUUUAUUUGUAUAGAUUAGAAACAUUGAUUAUUUAAAUUAUCAUCUUUGACGGUAAUAUUAUAUUUUAAAUGAAUAGGUACAUAAAACAUUAUACAUAUUUAAAUGUUAGAUGUGGAGUAUUGGUAGUUAUUCAUUUUUUGGCAGGUUUUGUCAAUGGAUUUGGCAAAAAUGCUUCCGCAAAAAGGAGCUUACUUCACGUACAAUUAUUAUUGGGAAACAAAGUACAGAAAAGUAUUCACCAAAUGUCAUUCGCAAUCAGAAGUAUACCAUAAUCACAUUCCUCCCAAAGGUUUGAAUUUUAUAAAAUAAUUUAAAUUUACUUAAUUGAUAAAUAAAUGAUAAUAAUUAAUAAUUUUUAAUGCCAGGUGCUCUAUCAACAGUUCAAAUUCUUUUUAAAUCUAUAUUUUCUCCUCAUGGCUAUGAGUCAAUUUGUACCUGAACUACGACUUGGAUAUCUUUACACUUAUUGGGGACCAUUGGUAUAUUUUAUAUUCCAAAUAGUUUGUUUUUAUACUUAAUUGUAUUUAAUUUUGUAGAUAUUUGUAUUAGCGGUCACAUUAUUUCGAGAAGGUGUUGAUGAUAUUCGAAGAUGGCAACGAGAUGAAGAAGUUAAUUCUCAAAAAUAUAAACGUUUAAUACGUGGUAAAGAUCAUAAUAUAGGUACUGAAUAUGUAUCUUCAUCUAAACUCAAAGUAGGAGACUUGGUAAGUUUUAUUAUAUAUUUAUUUAAUUAAAGAAUUAAAAUGUCUUUAAUAAAUUGUGGUGAUUAUUCAGGUGCUGGUAGAAAAAGACCAAAGAGUUCCAGCUGACAUGGUGUUACUUAGAACAACUGAGAAAUCCGGUGCUUGUUUUGUACGAACUGAUCAAAUGGAUGGUGAAACUGAUUGGAAAUUACGUCUUGCAAUUGGAGACACUCAAAAAUUAGAUUGUGAUGCACGUUUGUUUGACAUUACAGCUACAAUUUUUGCAGAAAAACCUCAAAGAGAUAUCCAUAGUUUCAUAGGAACAUUUAGAAGGGUAAAGCUUAUUAUUUUAUUGAAUCUUCAAAUUUUAAAAAUGUUAAUAAAUCCUUUGCAAUGUAUAAUUUAGCAAGACAAUGGUGAAGAAGUUAGUCUUGAUGUAGAAAAUACACUAUGGGCCAACUGUGUUGUAGCUAAUGGUUCAGCGCUUGGUGCUGUUGUGUACACUGGUGCUGAAACUAGAUCUGUAAUGAAUAAUUCACAGCCUCGAAGUAAAGUCGGUCUAUUAGAUAUUGAAAUAAAUCAGUUAACCAAGGUAUAAUUAACUUUUUUUUGUUUGAUAAAUCAUUUUGUAUUUAUAUAUCUCAAUAAAAAUUGCAGCUUCUUUUUUGUGCUGUGGUUGGUCUAGCCUUUGUAAUGAUGUGUUUAAAAGGUUUCAGUGGUCCAUGGUAUCGGUAUAUGUUUAGAUUUGUAUUACUUUUCUCAUACAUCAUACCAAUUAGGUAAAGUAUCAGCUAUUUAUAUACAUACAAAAUAAAUAAAUAGUAAAUACUAUUUGUUUAAUUUAGUUUGAGAGUAAACUUGGACAUGGGGAAAGCAUUUUAUUCGUGGUCAAUGCAAAGAGACGAAGAGAUGCCAGAUACAGUAGUUAGGUGUACAACAAUACCCGAAGAACUAGGACGGAUAUCAUAUUUAUUUUCAGAUAAAACUGGAACAUUAACUCAAAAUUCAAUGGUUUUUAAAAGGCUUCAUUUAGGAACUGUAUCUUAUGGUGCUGAGUCUUUUGACCAGGUGAAAUAUAUUAUAUAUUUUUGAAUUCACUUUUGACUAUAAUAAUAUUAUCUUAGGUUGCUGAUCAACUAAAAUUGACCUUCUGCGGAUCUGUUGAACCAACACAUAAUCGUAAUUUGUCACAAGGGUCCACAUCUUUUAAAAUAAGACGGUCUGAGCAAACUCGUCUUCAUGAUGCUGUCAAAGCUAUAGCAUUAUGUCAUAAUGUCACUCCUGUUAUUGAAAAUAAUGUGCAAGGAAAUAUGUGAGUUUAUUAUUUUUUGAAAUGUAUGACAUUUUUUUAAAUGUGUUAAAUUAUGGAUUUUAGUACUGAUAGUCCAGUAGAACUUAGAUCUGAAGCUGAUCAACAUUAUAUUAGAGAAGGUCUCCUAUCUCGUGCGCAGUGUACUUAUCAAGCUUCUAGUCCUGACGAGGUUUAAUUUUAUACUUAUUUGUUGUCGUAAAAAAGUAGAAAUUUAAAAAAAGAAAAUGUUUUUUCCAUAUCUUACAGAUUGCAUUAGUAAAAUGGACUGAAGAUGUAGGAUUAGCUGUGAUUAAACGAGACUUAACAUCACUUCAAUUGCGGACAUCUAAUGGAGAUAUACUUAAUUAUACAAUAUUACAAAUGUUUCCAUUUACAUCAGAAACCAAACGCAUGGGAAUAAUUGUUAAAGACAUUGCUACUGGAGAUAUUACAUUCUAUUUGAAAGGAGCAGAUGUUGUUAUGUCAUCUAUUGUACAAUACACAGACUGGUUAGAAGAAGAAUGUGGAAAUAUGGCGCGAGAAGGUUUACGUACCUUAGUAGUAGCUAGAAAAAAUUUAACUGAAGACCAGUAUGUAGAAUUUGAAGUAUGUAUUUGUUUAUUUUUUUUGAAAUUAAAAUAUUAUAAUAUAAAGUUAAAAUUAAAGAUAUUCAAGGUCAUAAAUCUUUGAUAAGAAAUAAUUAUUUUUGUUUUUUGUUAAUUUAAAACAAGCAGCUCUAGAAAAAAAAUUUCAUCAGCCUUUAUUUCAGGAAUUAAACAAUUACCCACUUCUGAUUUUUAAAUAGUUAUCUAAGUUGAAAAUUCCAUAAAUAAAUACAUUUUUAGCUGAACUACAUUUUGAUAUUGCAAUACCUGUUGGUAAAGUAUUCCAGUAUGUAUUUUAAUUUAAAUUGAAUUUUUAAUAUAGGUUAUUAUUAUAAAAUUAAAAUUAAGCAAUAGUUUCAUCCCCAAAAAUAAAAUUGACAAAUUAUUAAGGUAAUGUUACUUUUCUAAAGCUGCUGUUUUUCAUACCUGUUAGUGUAAUAUUAUAACUCAGGUUAUUUUUAUUUGUUUAGUCUCGAUUGAAUUCAGCAAGAUUAGCUGUAACAGGUCGAGCUCAAAGGGUAGCAACUGUUGUAGAUACACUUGAACGUGAAAUGGAAUUGUUGUGUGUAACAGGAGUUGAAGAUAAACUUCAAGUAAACGUUAGAAGAACUUUAGAACUAUUGGGAAAUGCAGGAAUUAAAGUAACAUUAACAAAAAAGAUAUAUGUUGUUAUAUGUCUAAUAUUUAUUAAUUUUUAUUAGAUAUGGAUGUUAACUGGAGAUAAACAAGAAACGGCUACUUGUAUUGCUAAGAGUUCUCGUCUUGUUUCACGAACUCAGGAAUUAUUUAUCUUUAAUCCUGUACAUACAAGAACUGAAGCUCAUCAACAAUUAAAUGCUUUUAGAAAAAAACAAGAUUGUGCACUUGUUAUCACUGGUGAUUCUUUAGAAGUGUGUAUUAUCAAAGUAUAUAUUUGCAUGUAUUUAUAUUAAUUCACUAACAACAUUUUAAGAUUUGUCUACAAUAUUAUCAAACUGAAUUGUUGGAUGUUGCCUGCCGUAGUCCUGCUGUAAUUUGUUGUCGAUGUUCUCCAACUCAAAAAGCACAAAUUGUUACUUUAAUUAAAGCACAUACUGGGAAAAGAACUGCCGCUGUUGGUGACGGAGGAAAUGAUGUUUCAAUGAUUCAAGCUGCAGACACAGGUACAAAUUAGUAUUUAUUGGUUAAGGAAAUUAUAGAUCAAGAUAUAUUAUAAUUUGUUUUUUAAUGAAAGAUAUAAAAAAAUAAUAAUGUAAAGAACUGAAUGAGAAAAAUUUAUAUUUUAUACUCUUAUCUUUGUUUAUGGUUCAUAAUGAUUAACUAUUAAAGUAAAAUUAUUAAGUAUUUAACAUAAAAUUAAAUAUGUUAAAUUUUGUGUAGGUAUUGGGAUUGCUGGUGUAGAAGGUCGACAAGCAUCAUUAGCUGCAGACUUUUCAGUGCCUCAAUUUUCACACCUUGCUAGACUUCUUAUGGUGCACGGCCGAUACAGUUAUAAAAGAUCAGCAUCACUAAGUCAAUUUGUUAUCCACAGAGGUCUUAUUAUAUCCACAAUGCAAGCUAUAUUUUCAGCAGUAUUUUACUUCUCAUCAGUAACGCUGUACCAAGGAUUUCUUAUGAUUGGGUAAGGUUGAUGUUGUAGGUAAGUUAAUUACAUAUAUUAAUAGUUACAAGUACUGUUUGUUUUUAGAUAUGCUACACUCUAUACUAUGUUUCCUGUAUUUUCCUUGGUACUCGAUAAGGAUGUUUUAGCUAAAAUUGCAUUGACUUAUCCAGAACUAUACAAGGAACUGAGUAAAGGGCGGUCAUUAUCAUACAAGACCUUUUUUAUUUGGGUUUUAAUUAGCAUUUAUCAAGGUAACCAAUGCGAGAUGUAAAAUAAAAUUACAAAUUAUUUGUUUAAUUCCAUUUUUCUAGGUGGUGUAAUAAUGUAUGGAGCACUAUUUCUAUUUGAAGAUGAAUUCAUUCAUAUUGUUGCCAUUAGCUUUACUGCUUUAAUUCUAACCGAACUAAUCAUGGUCGCAUUAACAGUGCGAACAUGGCACUACUUAAUGUUAUUGGCUGAACUAUUUAGCUUAGCUGUUUAUAUUUUAUCAUUAAUCUUACUCAAAGAUUAUUUUGGUUAGUAUAUAUUAUAUAUUUAUAUUUGUUCAAACUAAUACCUUAUUGAAAUAAUUCUAUUUCUGUUUGUAAAUUUAUUUAGAUUCUCAUUUCAUACAAACUGAAUCAUUCCUAUGGAAAGUCACUGUGAUUACACUCGUCAGCUGUUUACCAUUAUACAUUUUAAAAUUCUUGAGAAAAAAAUUUUCACCACCCAGUUAUUCCAAGUUGUCAUGA